AUGCAUUGGGAUGACAUAUUUCAUUCGCCGAAAGAUCCAGCUCUUUUCGGAAUGACAAGAAUGCUUUUUGGCUUCUUGAUGACUUUAGACUGCUUUGUUGAGCGAGGACUUCAUUACGCAGAUCAAAGAUGGAGCGACGAAGGCUGUCAAUUUCCACUGAUCAACGGGCUGAAACAAAUGGACCCAAAUGUGAUGAUUAUUCUACAGUUCAUUCAAGCGCUCGGCGCUCUUUCAAUAUUCAUUGGUUUUCGUGUGAAGCUUACUGGCUGGCUUUUCGUGAUACCUUACUGGUAUGCAUUUUUACUCGACAAAACGCACUGGAACAACCAUUCCUAUCUCUUCGGUUUAAGUGGUUUGAUGUUCACGCUAACCGACUCCGACAGAGCGUUCGCGCUCUCGGCAAACAACAAAAUGAUUCAAAACUGGAACUAUCUUAUCAUUCGCUUUCAAAUUUUCAUUCUCUACUUCUUUGCUGGACUAAAGAAGACCGAGGAAGACUGGCUGCUUGGCUAUUCGAUGGGACGAUUAAGUAAGCACUGGGCUUUUGAUCCAUUUCGCUCGGCGGGACUGUCCAAUGAAUUCAUCGACCGCUAUAUUGUCCACAUAACGGGUUUUAUGAUUGACCUGCUGGUUGGACCAAUGUUGCUCUUCGAUUGCACCCGUCCAUUCGCGAUAUUCGCCCUUACUAGCUUUCACUUGAUGAACUCGCAAAUGUUUUCAAUCGGCAUGUUUUCAUACGUCUGUCUUGCCACAAUGUGGAUAUUCUGCCGGCCAAACUCACCGAAGAUUCUAUUUGGAAAGAUACCUAUCCUUAAGAAGUUGGUGGAUACAACACCUGCAGUCAAGGCUGAGGAAAGGUCUAGUUGGCGAGUCUCGUUCUUUUUGCUCUACACUGCUAUUCAGAUAUUUUUACCGUACUCUCAUUUUAUAACGAAAGGAUACAAUGGUUGGACUGAGGGAGCAUAUGGAUACUCGUGGGAUAUGAUGAUUCACUCCUUUCAAGAGCAGCAUGUGAAAAUAUCAUACAAAGAUAGACUCACGGGCGAAAUUGGAUAUCUCAAGCCUAAUGCAUUUUUGGGUUACGCUCGAAAAAGAUGGACCAUGCAUCCUGACAUGCUAAAGCAAUAUGCUGAUUGCAUACACGAGAGAUUAGAGGCGAGCAAUAUUACUGACCCAGAGCUUUAUUUUGAUGUCUGGAAAUCGAUGAACCAACGAUUUGUCCAAAGAGUAUACGACCCAGAUAUAGAUAUUGCGCACUACAAUUGGUCACCGUUUGAGAAGCCGAAAUAUGCCCUGCCACUGCUCCAGGAUCUAUCGAACUGGCGAGAGAAACUGAAGGAGAUGAAAAAAGAGAUACAGGAUGAUGAGAUUGAUAUCAGUUUCAUCGCCGACUUCCCGGGCCUCAGUCUCGAGAAUUAUUUAGCGCCUGACCUGGACAACACGACUGUCGAGCUUCUAGGCGGAAUGAUUGAGAUAAACUAUGACGACCAAGAGAAUGAAGUGACGAAAACAGUGCCAAAGUACUCGCCGAAGAUUGGUGAACGAGUAAAAUUGCCAGCUGGCGAGUUCCACUCGAUAAAAGUAACGAGCGAAGAGCCUGCGAUCUACAUGUAUAUCUACCAAAACUCUACUGACGUGCGAGUGAGAAAAGCUUACAAGGCUUUAGCUGAAAUCGACGAUCACAUUGCGAACGAUCGCCCCCUUCCAGCUAAUCUUACUGACUAUUUCACUGACGAAGAAGAAGAAAAGUGGCGUCAAUAUUUUUUCCCGAAUCAAAACAUUAGUGACCAUCAUAACUCGCGAAAAGAAGCCGUCGUAGCAUUCCGCAGGAGUUUCUAUGCAAGCGCACUCGCCUGGCUAGACAAGAAAUCAAGAAAUGUGUAUAAGGGGAUGAUGGUUGUCUCCUAUGCGAUUUCAGAUUUGAUGUCCGGCGAAAAUACUUUCGCCGAUGAGAUAAAAAAGGCAAUGAAUAGCGGCUGGACGCUUCUGAUCGAGUGCGACGUCGACCAUCGUCCAGGAGAAACCCAGCUCGAUAAAAACAUCAAAUUCGAAAAGGCCGACGACUUCGUUUCCCCUGCUUCGAGCAUUACUAUUCCUCUCCAGAAAAAUCUUGAUUCAAAGCUUUUGCUAGCAAAAAUACCCAAAGCGGAUGCGAUUAAUCGUCCGCUUGAAAUGAACCGCGCCCUCAGCGAAUUGACUCAGUCGCGCAAAAUAUUCAAAAUUCUGUACAUUUCUUCCAGUGCAAAAAGAUGA